CUUCAAUUUAUCGAAAAAUUUCAUCUAAUUUUCUCCACGCUUCAAUUUUUAGAAAAAUUUCAAUAACCUAUUUACUUUGACCACAGCAUGCAAUGAUGUUUGCAAAUAUUUGACUGCAAGAAGAGAAAUCUAAUUUUCUCCACGCUUCAAUUUUUAGAAAAAUUUCAUCUAAUUUUCUCAUCUCUGUAAAUGAUACCUUCCUCAUUCUCCACUCUGUAAAUGAUUUUCUCUACUCUGUAAAUGAUACCUUCCUCAUAUAGAAGGUCAAAAUAUUAUAAAAACAAAAUAUAUUUUAACUGUAAUUCACCCACCUGCAAUGGAAAAGGUUACAGUGUAAAUAAUCUAUUUACUUUGACCACAGCAUGCAAUGAUGUUUGCAAAUAUUUGACUGCAAGAAGAGAAAUAUCUGGCAAUCAGGCUGGUGAUGGAUACAGAAAUGUGGUGAUAUCUGGGGUCUUUUUGGAAGAAGAUCAAGAACCCGUUUCUUCCAAUCUCAAUCAAGUGCAAGAGGCUGGGGAGAGUGUUGGAGGAAUAUCUGGCAAUCAGGCUGGUGAUGGAGACAGAAAUGUGGUGAUAUCUGGGGUCUUUUUGGAAGAAGAUCAAGAACCCGUUUCUUCCAAUCUCAAUCAAGUGCAAGAGGCUGGGGAGAGUGUUAGAGGAAUAUCUGGCAAUCAGGCUGGUGAUGGAGACAGAAAUGUGGUGAUAUCUGGGGUCUUUUUGGAAGAAGAUCAAGAACCCGUUUCUUCCAAUCUCAAUCAAGUGCAAGAGGCUGGGGAGAGUGUUGGAGGAAUAUCUGGCAAUCAGGCUGGUGAUGGAGACAGAAAUGUGGUUAUCUGGGAUCUUUUUGGAAGAAGAUCAAGAACCCGUUUCUUCCAAUCUCAAUCAAGUGCAAGAGGCUGGGGAGAGUGUUGGAGGAAUAUCUGUCAAUCAGGCUGGUGAUGUAGAUAUAAAUGGGGUGAUAUCUGGGGUCUUUUUGGAAGAAGUUCAAGAUCCUUUAACUCAAAUCAUAGAACUACCUCUACAUUUCCCAUUCUUAGAUGAAAGUUUUAUAGAUGAAGAAGAUGUAGUAGAUACCUCCAUUGCAGCUAAUAGCUCUGAUACUUUUCCAGUAAUAGUUAAUAGCAUUCAAUCUUCAUUCUUAAAUAUCGAACAACCAUAUAAUUUUAUUCUUUCCCAAAAAAAUCGUAAUUUAUUAUAUUCCAAUAAAUAUUUAUAUAUACAUUAUAAAUUUGGGUUUUUAUUUAAAUGUAGACUAAAGCAUUGUACCGCUAGAGGUACUUUGUUAAAUAGGAAGUUUACAUUAACCAAUUUUCACAACCAUUCUGAUGAAUCUGAGGAAGAGCAUUAUGCAAUUUUAGUAACUGAAUAAUCUUAAAGAACAAAUUCGAGCAUACCCCUACCAAAGCAAACGUAAAACAUAUAAUCAAGUUAUGCGUAUUAGAAAAAUGGAUCCACUCGUUCAACUCCAUCCUAAUGCUCUACCAACAUUUAUAUCUGUGAAAAGUAUUAUGAAUCGUGUUAUUAAAUCAUUGAGACCUCCUUUACCUCUUAUAAAUUCUGAUAUCCGAUUAGACGGCGAUUAUACGUUAACACUAGAUAAUAAAACAUUUUUAAUUUCUAAUGAAAAUAAUGAAUUAUCUACACAUGAAUUACUUGAAUGCCUCUGUAAUGCUGACCAAAUUUUGAUGGACGGUACAUUUUUUUCGUGUCCAUUAUUAUUUAAGCAAUUAUACACUAUUCAUAUAAUGAUUAAUCAUAAAAUAAUUCCUUGCACAUAUAUAUUGUUGCCAAAUAAAAACAAAGAAACAUAUUUAAAAAUGUUGGAUCUUUUAAAAAAUUAUUGCUUAUCUAUAGGUUUUUUAUUUUCUCCUCCUAAAGCACUUAUAAAUUUUGAAAUGGGAGUACUUAGAGCUCUCGAAGAAAUGUUUCCAACCAUUUCUGUCAAGGGAUGCUACUUUCAUUAUUGCCAAUGUAUUUUAAGACGUAUACAGGGUAAUAGAUUGACAGCAUUUAGUCGGCUUAAUCCUGAUUUUAAGAGAUUUUAUCGCACUCAUGGCGAUACCCUUUUUAACUGAAAUGGACAUACCAUUGGUAUUGUCUGAAUUAAAUAGUGAGGUAGAGGCCUUUAAUUUAGAUCCCAUAAGAGAUCUUUUUACAUAUUUUAAAAAUACUUGGAUUAACCCAAACGCAAAAUUUAAAUAUAAGAUGUGGAAUAUGUAUGAUGUUCAAGGAGUAAGAACAAAUAACCAUGUUGAAGGAUUUCAUCGUUCUCUAAAAGAGUAUAUAAAAUAUUCUCAUCCUAAUUUAUAUCUUUUUAUUGAUAUAUUAAAACAAAUACAACAAGAUAUGGAUAUCAAAUUCAUUCAAUUGCGUAAUGGGAAAAAGGUUACUGAAAGGAAAAAAAAAUACUGUAUAAUAUACGAAAUUAUAUUAUACUACUUGUACACCAAUGCAGUAUUUAGAUAAAAUAUCAAGAUAUUUAAUAAUGAAAUAAAAUAAUGAGUGGACAAAUUCAUUAUCUAGUCAGCAGGUAUCUCCUUAUUUUUUUUCGAUAUUAAAUAUCUCGAUAUUUUAUCUAAAUACUGCAUUGGUGUAUAAGUAGCAUAAUAUAAAAAUGUUUCUCGUCU